UGUGUGUUCUACUGGCUGUGUGUGUGUUCUACUGGGUGUGUGUGUGUUCUACUGGGUGUGUGUGUGUUCUACUGGGUGUGUUCCUUAGAGCCAGGGAGCUGCUCGUCCUGGCCACAUAAAGUAUCUCAACUAAUGACGUGUUAACUGUAAAUUUCCUGGACAGUGAAAACUUCUAAGCGGUGAGAGAAACUAUAUGAAAAAAUGUGUGGGUGAGGUAGAAGGUAAAACCAGUGACAUUAUCAGAGGAAAUUCUUGUGUGUUUUUCUCCUCACUGUCCAAGAUUUUGCUGCCGAACGUCAAGGAAUACCCAGCUGUGAAUAAUAAACAAAACUACUAAUAAUAAUCAAUAAAGAUCUACUGACGAGCAAACUUAAUAAAGGGUGAUUUAGUUGAUAUACAAAGAUUUUCUUAAGGCUUAAUAUACGAUUGUAAACAUCAAGAUCGUCAACUUAGAAAAUUAUACAUAUAUAUAUUAAACAUCUGACGGACACCUGGCCACCGAGAUGCAGUUGUGGGCGACGCUGUGUUUACUGCUGACAGCCACGUCGACGAUGGCUGACAACGUGGCCCUGUUUUGGAACCUGUACGACGCUGUCAUCUCCGGGGGCCGCAUUCUGCACGACGUGGCCGACGGUGUGGGCGCUGUCUCCAAGGCCAUCAGGGCCAUAGACCAUUUCCUCGACUCUACAGCUGAGGCCCAGAUAACGGAGGCGCUGGCGAAAGCAGAGGCGAAGGAGUCAACGGAGAAAGAAACAGCUAAGUCCACUGAGGCCCCAGCGGACACACCGUCGACUGAGACACCCUCGUUGCCAACUCCUACAACCGAGGCGACAGACAGUCCAGCACCCAGCUUCAGCGGCUGCGGUGCCCUUGGCCUCCACAUCCGCGACGAAUCUUUACCGAUGAACCGCCUGACGGACUGCUGCAGCACGCACGAUGCCUGCUACGGCACCUCCUGCACGGCCAACAAAUGGGAUUGUGACGGCAAGCUACGGACGUGUUUGUUUUCUGUGUGCAACGACCGGACAUUGGCCCGCGCGGAGCAGCAGAAGUGCCGGGGCGCUGCUAAACUCCUGUUCUCCGGUACCAUGGCACUGUCUUUCCAGCAGUACAACACAGCCCAGGAGAAGUUGACCUGCAAGAAGCCACAGAAAGGAGGGAAAAGGAGGUGAAAUUAAUGAAAUAUAAUAAAUAAAUUAUCCAUAAUGACCCGGAUUAGAAAUAGGGUUAAUUAUGUGUGUUAUUGUCGCGUAUACUUAUCAGUGUUACCAGAGCUGUGAACAUUAGCUUUCAAGGCCCAGCUGGUGGUCUGUGUCCCGGGUGUAUUGGUAACAACUCUGGCAGGAAAUUUACGUGUCCCUGCCUCUCUCUCUCUACCUGUGGACCUGAUAACCUGCAGUCUAUCAAGUGACUCUACCUGUCAACACGACCUCCUACCACCUAUUCACCACCCAUUAAGUGCAGCCUCGACACCCACCCACCCACCCAUCACCUGCUCAAGCACCUGCCUCAGCCAAAAGGUCGUUUAGAGGAUAUUAAACCAGCCAUCAUCACAUGACAGAUCAACACGUUAUGACAAGAACCACGUGUUAAACAACCUUAUCAGUGAGACGAAACAAUUAACCUCACAUCCAUUUCAAGGUGCCAGUGAUGUUGGUCUCGAGACAAGCUUUCCAGGUCUCGGUCUCGGAAGUAUUUGAUCUCGGAUUUUUGGAUGUAAUCUUCGAGGCCACGAAUAAUUUCUUAAUUUACAGACGUGGUGAGAGAGAUUGGUCUAUAGAUUAAGUUUGAGUUAAGUUACCUCGCUUAUUAUUCCACCACAAAUACUAAAAGUUUCCUGGGUUGUGGUCAAAUUUGUCAGGCAAGAUGACCCACGUAACAGAUAUGACCCUAAUUCACAUCUAGGCAACAGGACAAGGUCGAGUUUCCAUCUGACACUAACCAAAAAUCUGUCUGUGUCUACCUGCCUCAAGCGCUGCGAUUCAGUAUAUAUUUAGCCCUUGGGAGGGAGGUGGUGUGGGUUAAUAAUAAGAACACUACCAACACAUGGACUAAGUUAUUGAUGUUUCUUAUGUCAUAAAAAUUUCUCAUAUCUUAAAUAAUUAGAAAAAUAAAGUACCUGGCUAUGAUUAACGAGCCUGAAGUAACAGAUAUUGAUUAAAUAAACCAAGUAUGUAUAUUGUAUUAUUCAUAUGUGUAUUAUGAAUAAAAUUAAAUCAUUUGGUAGAUAGUAACAAAUUCUAACCUCCUCCUCCAUCCUGGGAUUUCAACCACUCAAAAAAUUUUAUGUAUGAAAUGAAACCUUAUUUUUUUUUUACUAUAUUUUACUUCUACAUUAUAGAUACGAAUUAUCUUAUACAGUCGUUUAACCGUGGUCUCGGUCUCUGUGUCUCGGAUUUAUUGGUCUCGACUACAUCCCUACGAGGAGACUAAUUAAAUGGAUUUCCAUCA